UUGCGUGGAAUGACAGGAAUGCUGUGUAAGACCAGCUGGGUGAAGAGACGACGCGUGUGCCAAAGCAGAGGAAAAAUCUUUAGAAUAAUUAAUACAAUUUGUUUGUUGAUGUAUCAAAAGUGGCCAAGACAAUGGCUGCCAACGAAAUGAGCAAAGUUCCUAGUCUGCUGGGCAGACGACCACAGAAAAUCAUAGAAAAUCAAUUGUUUCGUCGCCAAAGAAGCCUUAAACUGAGUGCGAGGGCAGCAACAUUGGAUCAGGGCGAUGAUGGUGACGAUACUGGAAACGAUAAGACUUAUGUUGUACUGAUAUUUGGUGAAAAAGCCAAACUUACCCACUGUGAAGAUGUUCGCAAAAUUAUACAUCAAUAUGAUAUUAAGACGACUCUGGAAGUCAUUAGCAAAGAGGAAAAGUAUUUGUAUUUGACUGCAUCCACAGAUACCCUGUUGCGUUUGGCCGAUGAGGCAGAGUUGACGAAGAUGACAACCACAGGGAGUAUGCAGAAAUUUAAUUAUCACUCAGUAUCGGAUUUCUUGCUGCCCGGCAUGACUGUGGAUGAUAUUGUAAGAUUCUGUGAAGCUCCGGUGCUCAUCAAAGAUGUUGUAAAACCUCAAUUGCUGCCAUAUAUACGUAAUGGUAUUGUUGAGGAAUUAUUUCCACUGCAUGAUAUUGAAUAUUUGGAGAAAUUUGGCUUUGAUUGGCGCAGACGUUCUCUGCCCAUAGAACAUAUACGCAAUUAUUUCGGCUCGAGUAUUGGUCUUUAUUUUGCCUUUACCGAAUUCUAUACCAAGGCACUGAUUUGGCCGGCUUUAUUUGGUAUCUGCCAGUAUUUAUGGAGUAUUAACCUAUCAGCUGUUAUUGGUUUCUAUGUUAUAUGGUCAACGAUUUUCCAAGAAUUGUGGAAACGUCGUUGUGCCGGCUUAGCCUAUCGUUGGGGUACCAUUGAAAUGUCUAGUCUGGAUAAACCGCGCACAAGCUACAAGGGAAAAGAGAAAGUAGAUCCCAUAACCGGAAAAUUGACCCGUCAUUAUCCCAUGCGUUAUACAUACAUACAAAUGUAUUGCAUAUCAUAUCCGGUGGUGUUGCUAUGCGUUGUAGCUGCAGCCUAUUUUGCCCUAUAUCAAUUUCAAAUUGAAGCUGAAGUUUUGGCUGAUUUUGGUCCUGAUUCUUGGCUGUUAUAUAUUCCUGUUAUUGUUCAAUCAAUAUUGAUUGCCAUAUUCUCUUGGGCAUAUGAAAAAUUGGCAACCUUUCUUACGGAAUUGGAAAAUCAUCGUACCCGUUUGCAAUACGAAAGACAUCGUGUUAAUAAAUGGAUGAUUUUUGAAAUUGUGAAUAAUUUCUUUUCGCUGUUCUAUAUUGCGUUUAUAAUACAGGAUUUGAAACAGCUAAAUUAUCAAUUGAUGAUGCAGUUGCUGAUAUUCCAAAUUGUAUGCAUUGCCCAAGAGGUGGGUAUUCCCUUGUUGGCUGUUAUUAAACAAAAAUUUGCCAAAUUAAUGCACAAAGAACUGGAUGAAGAUAAACUGUCGUUGGUCAGUGAUGUAUCACGUUAUGAACAAUGUUUCUUUGAAGCCGGGUUGGAUCAAUAUCAAUCCACCUAUGAAGAUUAUUUGCAAAUGUGCAUACAAUUUGGCUAUGUGGUAUUAUUUGCUGCCGUUGCUCCUUUUGCCGCUCUGGGAGCUUUAAUUAAUAAUGUCUUUGCCAUGCACAUUGAUUUGUUUAAGCUUUGCAACAUAUUUAAAAGACCAUUUGCACGACGCACAAAAAAUAUUGGAGCCUGGCAAUCUGCUUUCGAACUACUCUCUGUUAUGGCAAUUUUGAGUAAUUGUGGCCUUCUGUAUCUGUUACCAAAUGUCAGAGCCUUCGUUGUCCAACAUUUUCCCUCCAUGCCCAAUUUGUCGUUUGUCCUUUUCGAACAUUUGCUGUUGGGUCUAAAAUUUGUGAUACACAAAGCCAUCCAUGAGAGGCCACGAUGGGUGCGCAUUGCCCUGAUGAAGGGUGACUAUGAGUCGAGUCAGGCCUACAAAAAUAUUAGGAAAUUUAAUAGCACCAAAAAAGUUGAUUAACGUUUUUUCUACUCCACCAAAUCGUAUUCGAUUUGCUGUCCCAACAGAAUCUUGUUCUCAAACGAAGAUCGAAUCUCCACUUGUCACAGAUCACACAGAUUUUUGAAAUAUGUCCAGUGUUUGUGUUGUUUAUAACUCCCAAUAGUAAUGUACUAAUUUAUUGAAAACCGGUCGACAAUGGUUCUAAAGACUAGAUGAAGUUUUGUAAAUUUUUAAUAUCAAAAUGUAUAUAUACAUACAUGGGACCAGUUUCUUGUUCUAUGAAAAUAUGAAAUGAAAAAUAUUUCCCUUAUAAAAGUUUUAAAUUCACAUUUUCAUAGAACACAAUUGAGACCACGGCCUAUAUAAGGUCGUCCAUUAAGCCCAUCUGACAAUUAACAAUUUUCUGUCAAAACACAUAAUUGUGAUUUGAAAUCCAAAGAGAAUCAAAACGCAAUAGUACCAAAACUACUAAUUUUAUUGGCAAAUUGUUUCCAAAAGUAGUCUUCUUGGCCGACCUUAUAUAGGCCUUGUUUACAUACAUAUAAAUUAUACAUUGAUAUAAUUGAUAUGAAUUGUGCCAUGUAUGUAAGGAAAAGUAUACUCCUCAUAACCACUGCUCGACUGUGUGCCAAAAAAGUGAUACCAACUAAGUUGCCUAUAACAUAUGCCUUAUAACAUUAUUAAUCACACAAAAAGAAGAUACGUAAAUAAUUACACAGACUUGAUUUAUUUGUUGUCAACUUAACGAUAUAAAUAUAUUUAUAUAUUUUUGUAUAUAAAAUAACUUAAAUAA